UGUCUCGCGUCCGUCCUGUUCACCCGAGGUGAUGCCCAGCAAGCGGAAAUCUGGGGCCGGAGCAGCUUCCGCCUCCGCCCAGAGGGGGAAGGCAAAGAAGCCGAAGGAGGCGCCCGCGGAGGCGCAGGAGCAGCAGCUCAAUAGUGAGUUCAGCGAGAGAUUAAGUGAUGCCUCAUCCAAUAAUGUCGUCCCUUCGAAUAGGGCCUGUGCUGGCGACAGGAGACGACGAGGAGCCGGAGUGCCGGUUCGUCGGGGCUCCGAUCACCAGGGAGGAAGCUCGCCGGAAAUGGCCAAGACGGUAUCUGGGUUUGGGCAAGGUAAUAUGGAGGGGGAUGAAAGUGGCGUAUAUAAUUGUCGGGUAACACCAGUUGAACAAGACUUUGAUGAUUUUCAUCUUGAUAUACUGAUAGCAUGGUUGUGCAUUGUUAUGCUGGAUAUGUCCAUGCACACGAGAGAACCUAUUAGGGACAAUGUAUUGUCGGGACCCGAAUGGGUAAGGGAGGUUCUUUAUGGACAUCCUCGUAGGGUAUAUGAAGCUUUUCGAAUGGAGAGGCAUGUCUUUCUCAAUCUCUGUGAUUUGAUGAAGGCGAGAGGUUGGUUGAAAGAUAGUCGAUAUAUUCGGGUAGAUGAACAAAUUGGGAUCUUCUUAUCUAUGAUUUGUCACAAGAACUCCAAUAGAGAUUUAUGUGAGAGAUUUCAACGUUCGGGACAAACUAUUAGCAAGUACUUCACUAUAGUGUUGAAAGCAGUUGUCAAACCGGCAAAAGAGGUUAUUGUACCACCUUCCUUUGAUGUUGUCCCAAAGGAGAUUCUUAUGGAUCCUAACCAUACACGUUACUUCAAGGGUUGCAUAGGUGCUAUUGAUGGCACCCAUGUUCCUACUUCUGUACCUGUGUCAAAGCAGAUUCCAUUUACAAGCAAGAAAGGAAUUACCACUCAAAAUGUGAUGUGCGUUUGUUCAUUUGAUAUGACAUUUUCUUUUGUGUAUGCUGGUUGGGAAGGAUGCGCCAACGAUCGUCGGGUGCUCUCGACAGCACUCGAGACUCCUCGCUUGAAAUUUCCUCGACCACCACUAGGCAAAUACUACUUGGCAGAUUCUGGUUAUGCAGCAAUUCCGGGAUUUUUAACUCCUUUUAAAGAUGAACGGUAUCUUCUAAGCGAUUAUAGGGGUAGAUUGAUACAGCCAAGAACAACAAAAGAAUUGUUCAACUAUAGGCAUUCUUCACUAAGGAAUGUCAUUGAGAGAUCAUUUGCCGCAUUAAAGAAUCGUUUCUUCAUUUUGAGACACAUGCCUUCUUUUACUAUUCGAAAGCAAGCAUUUAUUGUAAUUGCAUGUUGUGCUAUCCAUAAUUACAUCCGUAAUCAAGAUAGGAGGGAUAAGAACUUUUCCCUUUAUGAAGAUCUGGAGGAUUUGUUUGGACCUACACAAGAUGAAGUUACAAACGAUACAUUGACUGAGGAGGGUACCGAGAUGAAUAUGCUUAGGAAAAGUAUUGCCAACAUGAUGGCGAAGGAUCACAAUAUGCCGGAGAUUCCCUGAAAUAGUGUUUUUGACUUUUGUAAUGUAUUUCCGUUUUUUGUAUUUGAGGAUUUCCUAUGUUGGCUCUUGUAAUGUGAUGUUGUACUUGAGGAUUUCCAUUAUAUGCAUUUGUGGACUUCCUAUUAGUUUCAAA